GAAUUCAUAAUUAAUCUCAUUUUCAUUCACACUCAUCUCAUCUCAUAUUCUCUCUGCAGCUCCCAAAACAACCAUGGCAGCAGCUUAUGCAACUCUACUUUCUGCUAUGAAUAUCAUAAACAACCUUCUCCAUCAUCCCUGCCCUCCUAUUUCUCUCCAUGCUAAACAAGUUGAGUCUCUCACUCAAAAGAUUAAUUUCCUGCUUGAAUUUCUCAAAGUCUAUAACCCCCAUCGUGGCUACUCCAAAGAAGCGGAUCCAUUGGAGUCUCGCAUUGCAGAUGCAGCUUAUGCCGCCGAACACGCCAUUGAAUCUCAUAUUUUCUAUGAGGAAUACACCAUUGUAUCUCAUAUUUUCGAUGAGGUGAAAAAUGAUGGCUUGUAUGAAGCUCUCGAGAAGGUGAUAAAAGACAUGGCUUCUAUCGAAGAGGAGGCCAACCAAAUUCAAGGGAGACUUGGAGUCCUACAUCAACAUCAGCUGCACACAAGGUCUACGCCUUCGGAUUCCUCGAGAUCUUCUUCGAUUCCGCAGCAGAGUAGCAUGGUGGGUGCUGCUGAUGUCAAGAUUCAAAUGAUGGAUAAGCUCACUUCUCAUUGCCGCGAUCUGCAAAUCAUCCCCAUUGUAGGGAUGGGCAGCUUGGGUAAGACCACUCUUGCUAGAACUAUUUAUGAAGACCGUCUUAUUAAGUUUCAUUUUGAUAUUUGUGGGUGGGCUACCAUCUCUCAAGAAUAUGUCAUUAGAGAAAUAUUUGCAGGACUCCUUCAUCAGUUAAAUACUAAAUUUGAUGACAAUUUGAGUGAGGAUGAGUUAGGAGAAAAGUUGUAUAAACAUCUGUAUGGUAGAAGAUACAUAAUUAUAAUGGAUGAUAUGUGGAGCAUUGGUGCAUGGGAUAGAGUUAGAAAAUAUUUUCCGGAUAACAAAAAUGGUAGCAGAAUAGUGGUAACAACUAGGCUAUCAGAUUUGGCUUCUACAUUACCCAACUCUAAUAGCGUUGAGAUGAAACUUUUGGAUGAGGCUAAUAGUUGGGACCUUCUCUCUAAAACUGUGUUCGGGAAAAAAGGUUGCCCUCUUGAAUUGGAGGAAAUUGGAAAAGAGAUUGGAAAAAGCUGCAAAGGACUUCCAUUGUCAAUAGUUGUGGUCGGAGGCCUUUUGGCCAAGUCCAAACAUGAAAGAGAGUGUUGGGAAGAGAUAGGGGAAAACUUGAAUGCAAGUGUUAAUUUAGAGGAUGAUGAACAUUGCUUGAAAAUACUAUACAUGAGUUACAAGCAAUUGCCAAUACAUUUGAAACCAUGUUUUCUCUAUAUGGGAGUUUUUCCGGAAGAUAAGGCAAUUGUUAUCUCAUACCUCAUUAAGUGUUGGGUUGCGGAGGGAUUUGUGAAAGCAGUAAGUGGGAAAAGCUUGGAAGAGAUAACAAAAGGGUAUUUAAAAGACCUUAUUGGUACAAAUCUAGUUUUAAGGAGUACCAAUUUCUUAGGAAAGAAGUGCUGCCAAAUUCAUGACUUGUUGAGAGACUUGUGUUUGAGAGAAGCUCAAAAGGAAAGGUUUUAUAAUAUUGCAUCAGAUCAUGUAGCCAUAAGCGUCUUGCCGCCUAUGUCACAAGCUCGUUCUUUGACAUGGAAUGUUGGACGAAAACAUGAACUAGAUUCCAAUAUGAGCUUGUUGAGGAUAGUGCAAACAAUUCGAUUCGAAUGGUCCGAAGAAGAUUUAUUUGGACCCAUGGAUCAAUUAGUUAACUCACGGUUCCUCGAAAUAAAUUGUUACGGAAUAAGAGAGGUGAAUUCACUUUCUUCAGUAUGGCGAUUCUGGAAUCUACAAACACUAAUUGUUCACAACUACUAUCAGGUUAUUACUGCGCCAACUGAUUUUUGGUACAUGCCUAGCAUCAGGUAUGUUGAGUUCUGGAUGCUUCGUCUCCCAAAUCCUCCUAACGACCAUGAUGACAUUGUUUUGGGAAAUCUACAAAGCCUGGGGAAAGUGUUAAAUUUCAAGUGUAGCAAACAAGUGGUCAAAAAAAUUCCCAACAUAAAAGAAUUGGCUUUUGAUAAUGGGCUAGAGCGGUAUUGCUUGAACAAUCUCGAUUGUCUAACUAAACUUGAGUCCUUGCAUUGUUCGAUUUCUCUAAGAAGUGCAAUCAACUUUCCCCAUUCGCUCAAGAGAUUGGUUCUUCGUACCGAGUCAGUGUCGCUUUGUUGGGAAGACAUGUUGGAUAAGGUAGGUGUAUUGCCCCAUCUUCAGAUGCUCACACUCGAGUCGGGGAGGUUCAAGGAAGGGAAGUGGGAAACAACUGAAGGCCAAUUUCGCAGCCUCAAAUUCUUGACUCUUAAGUAUUGUCAUAAUCUAGAAAUCUGGAAAAUUGAAAGCUCCCACAUUCCAUGCCUUGAGCACCUUUAUCUUAUUCACGUAUGGGAGUUGCGGAAAAUCCCUUUAGAUUUCGUAGAAAUACCCACACUCAGAGAAAUUUGUUUGGAGUGGUGCAGCGAUUCGGCAGUGGUUUCUGCAAAAAGAAUAUCAGAGGAACACGAGAACUAUUACGGGGAAGGAGCCCUUCAAGUUCGCGUUCAGCUCUCGAAUAUGAACGAAGCAGAACUACUAGAGAGCUUGGAUUGUCCUAACUUUUGUGUUAAACCCGACUACUAAGGUAGUGUGGUAUACUGUUCCGAUUCACUCACAUCCAUCGAGAGGGCAACCGCCCACCAGAUUUUAUAGCUCGCCAUAGACAUGAUGAUGUUUCAGUGAUUUCUUGUUCGAUGCUUUCACAGCUCCUUGGUAUUUUUUAAAUCUUGUUAGAAUGGAUCAAUUGGGAUAUACUAAUUCUAGAUUUAGAUAUGCGUAGGUUGGUUUUUAUGCUUCAUGUUUAACUCUUUAGAUCAAUAUAUUCCUAGUUGAAUUUUACAAAGUAUUUAUCAUUUUU